AUGAAAGGUCUAAGGGCCGUCACCAUAACAUACGUCCUCACGCUGUUACUGCUGGCGUCCUUUAUCUCGCAGUCGUGGAGCGCCCCGAAGGGCUCUUUCCAGCGGAGGAACUGGACCCCGCAGGCGAUGCUCUACCUCAAGGGCACUCAGGGCCGAAGGUUCAUCUCAGAGGACCGAAAAGAAGGAGACGUCUAUGACACAUUACACCUAGAGACCCGCAGUCAGAACACAGAGAAGCUGAGCGUGGAUCAGGCCGCCACCGUCCUGCUCCACUUCCUGCAGCAGGCCAGAGAGGGAGCCGAUGAAAACCCAGAUGAGGUGUAUUUCCAGGAGCUGCCGGUGUGGAAGAGAGAAUACUUCUGA